UAAACGCGGAAUAAUAACUGCAGACUUCCGGUGUACAAUCGUCUUGUACUUCCAUGAAAUUGAUUUCCUUGUGCGAGCAUAGUUGUAUAGCCUAUGUAUUUUUAAUUAGAGAACGUAUUCUGAAUUCUAGGGGUGCCAAAUCAAACAUCACUGGAUUCGAGCGCAGCUACACAAUUCGAAGCUGAUCAGAAAUUCAUAAGCAUCUCGGAGGAGUUUUUAAGGACUGCAUUCAGUCUAUGGGGCUGUGACGGGAUGAAUGAAUGACUCGAACCCGAAGACACAAGAGGCGAACUAAUCAUUUCUGUUUCCGGGACAUAGGGCUGUCACAGCCCAGAUCAGACACUGAUGACGGAAUUGACGACUCGAACCCGAAGACACGAGAGCACUUUUUACCUUUAGGCCUUAAAAUGGCAGAAAUGCAUAAAAGUCUGAAUCUGGUCCUACUUGGAAAAGCAGGUGUUGGGAAAAGUGCAACUGGAAACACAAUACUGGGACGAGAAGCUUUCAUAUCAAAGAAAAGCCUCACUUCAGUCACACAAGGUGUAGUUGUGAAAACUAAGAAUGUCUGUGGGCAACAGGUCACUGUUUAUGACACACCAGGAAUCCUUGACACAGAGCAGAAUGAAGAGAAGUUUCGCCAGAUAAAAGAAGAAGUUUUGCAGAAAUGUGAAUCAGGUCCCUGUGUGUUUCUGCUGGUCAUCAAAGCUGACAGAUUCACUGAAGGAGAUAGAAAAACUGUGGAGAAGAUUGAGAAGGUCUUGGGAGUAAGGCGCAUACAGAAAACCUGGAUUCUUUUCACUGGAGGAGAUCAACUAGAGGAUGACAUGACAAUAGAAGAAUUCAUCAGUGAUAAUGAAGACUUAAAGAAACUCCUUCAGAAAUAUGGUCAGAGAUACCGUGUGUUCAGCAACAAGAAGAAGAGAGGUCCUAAUGAACAAGAUCAAGUUAAAAUGCUGCUUACAGAAAAACUUGGAAUAAACUGUGACACAAAGGACGCUCCUGCUGUCAGUCUCUCAUCCAGAAGGAUUGUUCUUCUGGGUAAAAGUGGUUUUGGGAGGAGUUCAGCUGGAAACACAAUCCUGGGACAGAAAGUGUUCAUAUCUGAAAGAAGUGUGACUUCAGUAACCUGUGAAAGUUCAGAAGCUCGCGCCAAUGUUUCAGGCAGAUCUGUGUCUGUAGUUGAUACUCCUGGAUUCUUUCACACAGAGAUAAAAACUGAGGAGUUAAUAAAAGAGAUAGGGAGAAGUGUUUAUUUAUCCAUUCCUGGACCUCACGCUUUUCUCAUCGUGAUUAGAGUCAUUGACACUUUCACUGAACAAGAGCAGCUGAUUCCUCAGAUCAUUAAGAUUAUGUUUGGUGAAGAAGUGUUAAAAUACUCCAUCAUUCUCUUCACUCAUGGAGAUCAGCUAGAAGGAGAUUCUGAAAAGGAUCUCAUUGAGAGAAAGAGUAGAUUAAGAGAUCUAGUUCAGCAGUGUGGAGGCAGAUAUCACGUCUUCAACAAUGAAGCUCAGAAUAACAGAGAGCAGGUGAAUGAUCUAUUGAAGAAGAUCGACACAAUGGUAGAGCAGAAUGGAGGAAACUACAGAAAUCGGAUGUUUGAAGAUCCGCAGAGAUUCAAACAAGAGGAAACCGAGAAAGAGAAGAGAGAAGAAGAACAGAAACAAAGUUAUAAAUGUGUAUGCAGUUGAUACUUAUGGAUUCUUUGACACACUCAUGAAACAUGAGGAGUUUUUGACUGAGGCAGCAAGAAGUGUUUAUUUAUCCAGUCCUGGACCUCAUGCUGUUCUCAGUGUGAAAUAGGGAGAAAAAUAGUGGAGGUAGAAAUGAGCAGUGAAGUUAAGCUCCUUUUUUUAGGGUUCUGCCUCAUUUAGAGGGGAACUAAUGGUGCUGAAAGGAGGCAACAAGAGGAAGAUAAGCGGAAAAAAAGACUAAGGGUCCUAUUUUAACGAUCUAAGCGCAUGGUGCAAGUGCACUUAGGGUGUGUCCGAAUCCACUAUUGCUAGUUUAACGAUGGGAAAAAUGGUCUGUGCGCCCGCUGCAUUGUCUAAAGAGGUUGUCCCUAUUCUCUUAAUGAGUCAUGGGUGUGUUUUGGGCGUAACGUGCAAUAAACCAACCAGGGUCUUGUCUCCCAUUCCCUUUAAAAGCCAGUUGCGCUCCGCCAUGGCGUAUUCGCUAUUUACAAGGCGGAAUUUGAAAGCGGAAAAACUGAACGCAUCUAUAGUGAGGAAACGGAUCUGCUCAUGCACAAGCUUAAAGGAACACUCCACUUUUUUUAAAAAAAUAGGCUCA